AUGCUGGUGUCGGUGUUUCUCGCCCUGUUUCUGCCGUGCGCCGGCAUGAGCGCAGUGUUCGUGGUGUACAUCUGUCUGCUGUGCUACUCGGCGAGUAGGAGCGACGAGAGCCAGGAGUUUCGGGCGCCGGUGAAGCCCAACCAGGGGAAGGGCCUGUCGUCCUCUGAUCUCGAGAAACUCCCCAAGGUUACCGGCAAAGAUUUGGUGUUGGGCACGGACUGUGCGGUGUGUUUAGACGAAAUUGAGAGCGAGCAAGCGGCGAGGAUGGUUCCCGGGUGCAAUCACGGCUUCCAUCUCGAAUGCGCGGAUGCGUGGCUGUCCAAGAACUCCAUCUGCCCUGUUUGCCGGGCCAAGAUUGGGCCCGAGCUCUUUGAUCCACCUCAAUCAACCAGUCCUUGUUGA